CACCAUCGCAUGCAAAACGAGGCGACCGACAUCAACAAACUCUGCACUUCGAUCCCGAAUGACUUGGCGAAAAUCAUUCGGGAAUAUCCUGAGAUUUUUCCGGAUGACUUGCCAAGUGGACUGCCACCCGAACGACCCCAGGACCACAAAAUUGAGCUGGAGCCCGGCGCGCAGCCUACUGUACGCACGCAAUGGCGCCUGACUCAGCCGGAGCUACAGGAGUUACGAAACCAGUUGGACUAUCUGCUGGCGAAAGGGUUCAUUCGGCCGAGCACGUCACCAUUCGCAGCACCGAUCCUGUUCACGCAAAAAAAGGACGGCGGACUUCGCAUGUGUACGGACUAUCGCGCCCUUAAUCGGGUAACGAUAAAAUCGCGCUAUCCAAUACCGCGCACAAUCGAUCUGAUCGACAACCUUCGCGGAGCUCGCUAUUUUUCAAAGAUCGACCUUCGCGGCGGUUACCAUCAAAUUCGGGUGUUUGCUGACGACUGCCACAAGACCGCGUUUCGUACUCGCUACGGGAGUUACGAAUACACAGUGAUGCCGUUUGGAUUAACGAACGCCCCCUCAACGUUUCAACUCACUAUGAAUGGGGUGUUCCGCGAUCUACUCGACAAAUGCGUGAUAAUUUACCUGGACGACAUCCUGAUCUACAGCAAGACCCGGGAGCAACAUUUGAAGGAUUUGGAAGUGGUUUUUCAGCGGUUGCAGCAGCAUCGUCUCAUCACCAAGGGCUCCAAGUACGAGUUUUUAAAACAUGAACUGGAGUUCCUGGGGCAUGUGAUCUCCACGGAGGGGAUCCGGAUAGACCCGAAAAAACUCUGGGCUAUUCAGGAAUGGCAACCACCAACCAAUCUACAGCAGCUGCAAUCCUUUUUGGGUUUCGUGAAUUACGUGCGGCGGUUUAUACCCAACAUGGCGGGGUUAACUGGACCACUAACCGACCUACUGCAGAAGGGGACUUUUUACGAGUGGGGGGAGAAGCAGCAAGCUGCGUUCGAGGCAUUAAAAAAUCAUUUAAUGUCGCCACCGGUACUUCGCAUCGCUGACCCGGAACGGUCCUUCGAAGUCAUCACCGACGCAAGUGACAUCGCCAUCGGAGCCGUGCUCAUGCAGGUUUUCGGCAAUGGGCUUCAACCAAUCGCGUACGAGUCUCGGAAAAUACGUGACGGCGUCUAUUACUUACGAAGCGGAACUGGUCGAAUUUGGGUCCCAAGUUAUCGUCUACUUCGCAAAUUAUUAAUUCAAGAAGUCCACGAUUCGAAUUUGUCGGGACAGUUCAGGGUUGAUAAAACUCUGAAGGCGUUGCAGCGGUUUUAUUACUGGCCAGAUAUGGUGACGGACGUGCAGCGUUACGUGGCCGCGUGUCCGAUCUGCCAGCGAAUGAAAUCCUCCCACCAACGACCUACAGGACUGUUGCAGCCCCUCGAGCCACCUCAACGCCCAUGGCAACACGUAACGAUGGAUUUCGUUACGAGACUACCGGCCGGACCUAGUGGAAACGACGUAGUUUUGGUUGUCGUCGACCGACUGACGAAAAUGGCACAUUUCGCACCAUGUCGUACAACCAUCACAGCCGAAGAAACCGCGCGCCUCUUUAUCUCGACCGUUGUUCGUCUACACGGGAUACCAGCAGCAAUCAUUAGCGAUCGAGACCCGAAGUUCACGUCGAAAUUCUGGCAUGACACGUGGGCUCGGUAUGGCACGCACCUGCAAUUUUCAUCCGCGUAUCAUCCCCAAACUGACGGCCAGACUGAAAGGACAAAUCAAAGGAUGGAGCAGUUGAUUCGGACAAACUGCCCCGACCGGAAAAAAUGGGAGGACGUGCUGCCUAUGCUGGAAUUUUCCUACAACAACGCGCCCUCGGCUACGACUAAUCCCUCCCCAUUUUAUCUCAAUUACGGGAUGGACCCUACAGUACCAGUCUCCACCAACGUUGAGAGUCAAUGAGUGAACAUUUCGUUAUUCAU